AUGAAGAUUGACAAUACGUGUGAUAUGUGUGGUAGGUAUAUUGAAUCCUUAACUCAUGCUUUGUGGUCUUGCAAAAAGGCGAAACAGGUGUGGAAGCUGCUGCCUUUAUACAAACACAUCAAAGAUAGCAAAGGUCAGUCCAUGUUCGAUAUUCUAACAGAAUUCAAUAACAAGUUAUCAACAGUCGAGUUUGAGGAAGUCAUUAAGAUCCUUUGGGCCAUUUGGGAAAACAGAAAUCGGAAAAGGAAUAAUAAACAAGUCAUGAAUGGAGAAAGGCUCAUAGAUUGGGUUUUCAAUAGCUAUUCCCCGCCAGUCAUUAAUCCGAAGCAAGGGACUCCCACACCAGAAAUCAAUAAAGAAGGCACCUGGUUAUCUCCUCCUGAAGGUAUGGUUUGUGUUCACUGUGAUGUUGCUGUAAUUCUAGGUCAGGUGGGCGUUGGUUUGGGGUUCGUUUGGAGAGAUUGGAAGGGCAACACGCUCUCGGCUGGGAUGAGUUUUCUCCCUGCUAUCUGUCCGACGAUCAUGGCUGAAGCAGAAGCCAUUGCUGCUGCUUUGAAGGCGUCCCCAAUUGGUGAAAAUCAGGCCUUUGAAAUAAGAACUGAUUGCAAAUUGCUGGUGGAAAGUUUCAAGGUUAAGGAAAAUACAUUAAGUGAUGUUAAUAUAGUCAUCAACAAGAUUAAGAGGCACCAGAUUUUUCCCCUUUGUACAAAGCUCAUUUUUGUUAAAAGAAAGAAUAAUGAAGUAGCCCAUAGGCUAGUUAAGAAAAGUCUUGAGAACAAAAUCACUCAAGCCUUCUCUCAUUUUUUACCCGAGUGGUUGGCUGAUAUUUGUAAAGCUGACCUCUCUAAUUCUUUGUAA